CCUCAGGAAGUACAGCCUGCUCUGUCCUUUCCUGUUCAAGAGGUCCGUUUUUAAUAGUCCAGUCCAGCUUAUUGUUCACACAUGUCGCUUUUUGAUCCUUUGAUGUCUGCGCUAUCCUAUCAUUUCCGUUAGAAACGCUACAAUUUUCUAUUGGCUUUCAAUGUCACCUGAUAAAAAAGUCAAAGGUCAGAGUAGCCAUCUUGUUUUUCCAUUUUGCCUGAGACAAUGUGCUCUACAAACAUUUCCCUCUGAAGCUUUGCAUCAUCGUUGUUGAGCCCUGAAGAAGCUUUGUUUUCUCCCAUGCCAACAACCUUGAUGCAGAAAUUGACAUACGCAUUGGAAGGGCAUCGUCAAUUUUCAGCAAAUUGAGAAAGCGUGUCUGGCACAACAAGAACCUUUCUUUGCUCCUCACGUGUGCUUGCUGAAAUCUCACGCAUAAGAGAUGCUCACCAUAGCCGAUCGCGACGAUGGCGCCAACAAUGAUGAUCCACACACACACGCCAGCGAUGAAGCGCAGCAGCAGGAUGAAGAACAGGCUGACCAACAUGCUUAUGACCAGAGAUCUGCAUACAAGCAUUGGUCCCAACCUUAGGCUCCACUUGUAACAAUGUGAGGGGGUAUAAGGAGAACGAUGAAUGGACAUUACGUCCCACACAAACUCCACGGUCCAUAAUGCGUAUGGUGCCGUUCAGUCCAGACCAAAUGUGCCAAGGGUUUUGCGGCAGCCUCAUCAUCAUCAUCACCAUGGUUACUGGUUUGAUGUUGGCAGAUCAUCGUCAUCACCAUCAUCCCGCCAUGAGGAAAGUCCUGCGUCCGCCACUGAGAAGCCAAAGAGACCUCAGAGACCGAUUGCAUCAUCAACACUUGAGGGCUAGACUAGUGUCAUGGACCGCAAGUGUAUUUGAACGACUGGAACACUCAAGAACAGAACUGCAAUACGGCGUUUUCCACUCUAACAUCACACUCACUGACGCCGAACGCCGCGAAGACGAAAAACGGAUGUGACGUUAUUAGAAAACCAGCAAUAGUGUAUUUGAACGACUGGAACACCCAAGAACAGAACAGCAAUACGGCGUUUUCCACUCUAACAUCACACUCACUGAUGCCGAAAGCCGCGAAGACGAAAAACGGAUGUGACGUUAUUAGAAAACCAGCAAUAGGAAGCAGGAAGUGUUGCGGCUGUAGCGGUACCGUGGCAUGACGAUUCCGGGGGUCGUCUUUCCAGGAUGCGGCGGAACGACAAAGCAGGUUGCAGAUUUCACGUCCGCCAUGUCGACCAGCGAAAGCGCUGAUCUGGACAGCGGGUCAGACGUUAGCCCCACAAACAUCACCUGUGUCGAGAAGCAUCCGUCGAUCACCACCUCUGUCAUCUCCAUGAGUUUUGGCAUCUUGUCCAACAGCCUGGCCCUCUACAUCCUGCUCAAAUCCUCCAAGCGUGUUCCUCUGAAGUCCAAGGCACCCUUCCUGGUGUUCGCCACCAGCCUGGUGGUCAUCGACCUGCUGGGCCACCUGGUCAACGGCUCCCUCGUGUUUUUCGUCUACAGCCGGCAGAAGAAUUGGGAGAAGUUUGACCCUCGCGGCUACAUUUGUAACGUUUUUGGAGCUAGCAUGGUGUUCUUCGGCCUGAGCCCACUGUUCCUGGGCUGCGCCAUGGCUAUCGAGCGCUGCAUGGGGGUCACCAGGCCCUUCUACCAUUCCACAGGGCUGGUGUUCCGUCACAUGAGGAAGCUCCUGUCCGUCAUUUGGCUGUUCGCUGCCCUGGUGGCCCUGCUCCCGGUGCUGUUAUGGAAGUCCUACGGGGUUCAGAGAUCCAGGAGCUGGUGCUUCUUCCAUCUGGGGAAGCCCAAACACUGGCUGGAUGUGUUCCUGCCUGUGUUCUUCUCCCUGCUGGGCUUGCUGGCCUUGCUCUUGUCUAUCAUCUGCAAUGCUGUGACCAGCUGCUCUCUGCUGCUGUCCACAAGGCACCGCAGGCAUCACAGUAGAGGAACAUCUUACCACAUCGAGAUGAUCUGCCAGCUGCUGGCCAUCAUGCUGGUUUCCUGUAUUUGCUGGGGGCCUUUACUGAUCUGUGUCAUCUUCCUGAGCUCCAAAGACAAACCCGAGCCAACGUCUGACAGUCUCCUGUUUGCGGUUCGCAUGGCCACGUGGAACCAGAUCCUGGACCCCUGGGUCUACAUCCUUCUUAGGAAAGCAGUGCUGAGGAAACUCUACCUGAUGUUACAAAGAUGCUGCAGGUCCAAGGCCCUCCAGGAACCGGUGCAGUGGCAGCACAGCUUCCUUCAAAACUCCGGGUCGAGCAGCUCCAGAUUCGGCCCACGUGAAUGCCGUUGCUUUGAUGGACUAUUUGUGCAAAACACUCGAAUCACUCUGUCUGCUGACUCGAACACUCAAGUGUUUCACGUGGUCAUAUCUGUAUGGAAGAAAAGCUGAAAGAAAAGGGAAAUAUGGUCAAUAUUGUCAAGGAUGGGGAAUUCUAUUUGCAAAAUGAUCUGCUCAGUUCUUAAACUUAUGUACAGUGUAUUAUGUAACUAAUGUUCAGGACUUUAACAUAAUUACACCAUUACGAUACAUUUAUUUUCCUAAAUGUGCUUUAUAAGUUAUUAUUAAUGUGUGAUUUUCAUGUUCCCUUGAUAUUUUUGUCGUGUUGUCAAAGUCAAGCAGUGCCUCUCUGCGGAUAAGUUUAGUUUGCUUACGAAAUAUAUCAUCGUUAUUUGUUCUUAUGACACCUUUUCCUAUCUGACUAUAUUAAAGCAACAAUCCUUUUCACUACUGUGUGUUCCUCUGAAUGAAUAAAACAUUAAUAUUACAA